AUGGCGCCUACUUUACAGGAUGUGUCUUACUUGUUGGGAUUACCUCUGGCCGGUGCUGCCAUAGGUCCCUUAGAGGCAGAAUCUGGGUGGCAAGCAGCGAUGCAGACCCGUUUUUUGGCUGCAGUCGCGACUGCUAGGGCUAUAGACAACGAUCCUCAUGGACCUCUUUUUAGAUGGUUGAGCCAGUUUCAGAUUGUCUCGUUAGGACAUCCCGACGUUCAGUUGUCGGAGGCUCAGAUUGACCGGUCCCUAGAGGCAUAUAUUCUUUGGCUAUUCGGCAAGACAAUGUUUACGGAGAACCACGUGACCACUGUCGAUGCACGACUCAUCGGUAUUGCACGAGAGAUAGCUGACGCACGUUGCCCUGCGGAUAUUCUACAGAGGAGUUUUGGUUCUGCUGUGUUGGCGGCUACGUACAGAGGCCUGUGCAAAGCUUGCUUGUUGAAGUCUAGAAAAUCUAGUCUUGUUGGAUGUCCAUUAUUGUUGCAGCUUUGGUCAUACGAGAGGUUCCCUAUUGGACGACCCUAUGUCUACAUUGAUAAACCUUUUGGUUUGGAGGACUUAGCUGGGACUUAUGUGCCUGCUAUCGGCGACUUACCUACUAUGGGAUCUGUUUGGACACGGCGAGAGUUUGCGCAUACUCAGGUUAGGGGAUGCUACCCGUCCUUCAUGGCGCAGUUUGAUAGUUUGCACGAGGAUCAAGUUAUUUGGGAGCCAUACUCGCCUCAGGCUAUAUCAUCGAGGUACCCAGUUGGGAUUUCUGGAUUGUGCACUAGAGAUCGGCACUUUUGGAUGACCAAGGCCAAGUUGGUGUUCGACGUGACGGUUGAGGAGAUGUCUCUUCAUAGGGUGAUGAGACAGUUCGGUCUAUAUCAAGAGCCUGCGAUUCCAGAUAUUCCACACUUGCCAGACCACGUGCACAAGGACAGUCGCCUAGGAGGAAACAAGUCCAUGACUUAUUGGCUUGAGAGCAUUACCCCUUACGUUGACGAAUGGACUACCGCUGCGACAAAUAUCUGGGGUGAGGUUCGGCCCUUUAACUGGGAAAUGUUUGGGUUGUAUCUGCAGCGUUACCGGCAUACAACGAGGAUCUACUUGGUUCCAUCAGCUGCUACUGAUCAGAUCGAAGCCCCUCUCACCAGCGAUAUGUACCCAACUGCCUCUGUUGUGGGAACCAGACACCACGCGGGUGACUUGACAGUACAGGCGCGAGAGGAGGUUUCCGCUUUAAUGCGGCGCUUUCAGAGGGGAGAAACUAUCCCACCGCGAGAGGGCGUCUCAUGGUUGAGGCGUCUUGAUGACAAGCUACGCGGGAUUUACGCAGCUGUUACGUGUAGACGGACUUCGGAUGUUGCACUUCCUCCUCCAGCACAUCGUCCGCCACGUCCCUCUGUACAACAUUCAGAACCACGACCCUCUGUGCACCGUUCAGAACCACGACCCUCUGUGCACCGUGCAGAACCUCAUCCUUCACAGCCAGGGAGAUCUUCCUGGCAUGAGCCACCUCCUUCACAGCCAGGGAGAUCUUCCUGGCAUGAGCCACCUCCUUCACAGCCAGGGAGAUCUUCCUGGCAUGAGCCACCUCCUUCACAGCCAGGGAGCUCUUCCUGGCAUGAGCCACCUCCUUCACAGCCAGGGAGCUCUUCCUGGCAUGAGCCACCUCCUUCACAGCCAGGGAGCUCUUCCUGGCAUGAGCCACCUCCUUCACAGCUAGGGAGCGCUUACUGGCAUCAGCAGAUGAAUCUAGGCGGCAACCAGUCGCAACCGUUCAUGCAUUCAGAGCAGUCACCGAUCCUUAGUGGUGGUGCUUCGUACUUUGAGGGCGACCGCGAGGAUGAUGACCAAGCUACAAACAUUUAUGGCUUCUCGCAGACAGUGUUUCACACUCCACCACCACCACCGACGCAGGAGACACAGACCGUGACAGACGAGGUUAACUAUGGUCGUGGUUAUCGCGAGCCUCGUCCACCGCCUCAGCGCUUAUCGCCUUCGGGUCCUCGCCCGAGGAAGACCCAGACUCGUCGUCGUCCCCCGCAGUGAUAUGCUUAUCUAUCUAUGUAUGACUCAUUAUCUAUGUUAGUUUCAGACU